AACAGAAUAUUAAUAGUUGUAGCUAUCAGAGGUGUAACUAUCAAAGGUGUAGCUAUCAGAGAUAUAGCUUUUAGAGGUAUAGCUUUAGGGGGAUAGGUGUAUCUAUAUCAUAACACACACAAUGUUGGAUUUAUUGAUUAAGAUUACCAUUCUAUCUACUUCUUUAACAACAGUUCGUUCACAAUGUGGACAGAAUGCAAUUUCUAAACGCAUAGUCGGAGGUGUGGAAAGUGUUGAACAUGAAUUCCCAUGGCAAGCAGCUAUACAGUGGAGAGUUGGUAUAAGCAAAGGAAAACAUGUCUGUGGAGGUUCUUUAAUAAACCCAAAGUUUGUAAUCACUGCUGCACAUUGUUUUGUUCAUGGUGUAAAGGCGAUUUAUUACAACGUCACGCUAGGAGAUCACGCCAGAGAUUCAGUUGGAAUCAAAGAACAAGUGAUAACCAUUAAGAAGAUCAUUCUUCAUGCCAAAUAUGAUCCUAUAACAGAUGAUAACGACAUCGCCAUGAUUGAACUAUCAAGACCAGCUGUACUUAACAAGUAUGUCAACACAAUAUGCUUGCCACACUUCCUUGAUCUUGAGUUCCCAGGCAAAAUUUGUACUAUAACUGGUUGGGGAAAAACAGGUUCUAAUGAGUCUUCAGCAUCAAAUAUUUUAAAGAAGGUGAAUGUCCCUGUCAUUAAUUUUGGUGUUUGCAAUCAUGAGAAAUCAUAUAAAGGUCGAUUAACAGGUAAUAUGUUUUGUGCUGGUUAUGUAAAUGGUAGCGCAGACACUUGUCAAGGUGAUUCAGGAGGACCUCUUCAAUGCAACUCAAAAAGGACAGGUAAAUGGGUGUUGAAUGGCAUCACAAGUUGGGGGGAAGGAUGUGGAACAAAACAUAAAUAUGGAGUCUAUGUGAUAGUUCGACAUUAUUUACCGUGGAUAUAUAAAUUCAUCAGUGGGAGUCCAACUUUAGUACCACCACCACCAAUACCAAAAAGCCCCAAAAUACCACCAUUACCACCAAGUCACAAAGUACCUCCAACACCACUCAGUUCAAAAAUGCCACCAAUAUCAUUCAGUUCUAAUUCCCUAUUAACACCAACAAAAAGGGCAACCAAGGGUAUUUUAAAAAAAUCGAUAUUUUCAAGCAAUGGUAAAAAUUACAGCUGUUAUCAUUUUUAUAAAGAUAAAAUUGUAUCAUUUCUUAUUUGUAGAAAUACAAGCGAAAGAAAGUGAAAUAAA